CUUUCCCUCCCUCCAGGCACUCCAGGCUGGGGGAAGUUCCUGGGAGCAGUAUACUACGGGAGUGGCUUGCCCAGGACGCCCCCGGAGCCCUCGCCACCGCCCAGGGGAGAGCACCGACCCCUCCCCUGGGAACCCAACUCCCCGGGGCCCAUGUUUGACCCCUCCCCACCUCAAAAUGUAACCGCUCUUAAGGAUGAUAUCGCUUAUCUUCACUGCAUCGUGCAUAACAGAGGAAACAAGACGGUGUCUUGGAUUAGAGCCUCAGAUCUUCAUAUACUGACGGUGGCCCAGUACACCUACACAGCUGACGACAGGUUCGAGGUGAUACACUCCCCUGACUCCAACGCGCAUUCGUGGACACUCAAGAUCAAGUCCGUGCAGCCGCGAGACUCCGGGAGAUAUGAGUGUCAGAUUAACACUCACCCGACUGACCCGAUCACCUUCCCUGUUGACCUUUCUGUGUUUGUUCCCUCUGCCAAGAUUCUGGGUCUUCCGGAGCGCUACGUGGACAGGGGCUCGACCAUCAACCUUACCUGUAUCAUCAACUUCAAUCCAGAGUCACCCACAGAGAUCUUCUGGUACCACAAUAACAAGGUUAUCAACUACGACAACCGCGACAGCCGAGUUAGCGUGAUCACGGACAGAGGCGCCGUCACCAAGACCAUCCUACUGAUCCACGACGCCCAUGACGCCGCCACCGGCACCUACUCCUGCGUGCCCUCCCUCUCCGCCACCGCCUCCGUCAGGAUACAUAUUCUCAACGGAGAGACACCAGCCGCGAUGCAGACCAAUGGUGCCAACGCUGUGUGUGGACCUCAGCGUUGGCAACACUUCCUCGGAGGCGUCCAACCCCUCCUCCUCCUCCUCCUACUACUAGUGCUCGUCUCCUCCUCCUCCACCUCCUCCUCCUUCCUCUUCAUUCUGCCAAUGAUGAAAUAAAAUACCACGCUGUUCCUUUGGUUUGUAAAGGACAGAUAGAGUUAAAAGGCUUUAUUUCGGUGUCAAGUAAUAUGUGUGUGUGUGUGUGUGUGUGUGUGUGUGUGUGUGUGUGUGUGUGUGUGUGUGUGUGUGUGUGUGUGUGUGUGUGUGUGUGUGUGUGUGUGUGUGUGUGUGUGUGUGUGUCCCAUUCCAUAUAACUUGUAAGAUUGGCCUCAUUCUAAUCCUCAGUAUAUGUAUGUGUGUGUGCAUGUAUAUGUGUGUGUAUGUAUGCACGGAUGUAUAUGUGUGUAUAUAUGUAUAUGUGAACGGGUACGCAUGAGGCCAAUCUCUGUACACAACACACACACACACACACACACACACACACACACACACACACACACAAACACUACAUGUCCCUUUGCCCUUAUGAUGAAAAAAUAUGAAAAAAUAAAAACUUUGUACAGAUUUCACGUGACUCCGAAAUGCGAUCCACUCAUUCUUAUCAACCCUCUGUGUGUGUGUGUGUGUGUGUGUGUGUGUGUGUGUGUGUGUGUGUGUGUGUGUGUGUGUGUGUGUGUGUGUGUGUGUGUGUAAAAAGAAAGCCCUUCAGAAUUUUCACUGUACAAAAAACAAGACUAACUGAAUGAUGUAUAUAUAAUGAUUAAAACUAAGCUUUUCUUUUACCGUGCUUCAGAAAACGAUAUAAAUGGGUGUCAUUUUAUAUAUAUAUACACACAAUUUCCUUUUCUUGUCAGAUAUAUAAAAAAAAAAAAGUGGGUGACCUCUCUCUCACCCAACACAACCUAGCCAAUCACUCACCCCCCACCCUGAGCGCACCCCACACCCACUGACACCCACCAACCCACACACCCAACACCGCCAGAAUAAAAAUAUAAAAAAAAACUAAUAAAACAUAAAACACUAACUUGGCUACUCACCAAUCCUACUCAUCAAUAUAUCACACGUAAAAAAAAAAGAGAGAGAGAGGGAGUGAGAGAGGGAGAAGUAAUAAAAGUUACCACAAGAGGGACACGUUUUCUUUGACAGUUUUAUGGGGCGACAAUUUUAAGGUGAUGAAUACAUGCCAGUUAUGGAGAGCUUUUUUUCUGAUUAAUUUCACUGCUCUGUCGUUCACCCAGUGCAGUGUGAGCUGACCUGACCACAUCCAGUUAUAUUCUUAGUAUACUUAAGUCGCGUCAGCUGCGUCACUAGCUGUUAUGGUAUUAAUAAGAAAAAGAAUGAAAUGACUAUAAAAAAAAAAGUAUAUAAAUGAAUACAUAUAAUACAUACAUAUAUAUAUAAUAAGUUCGAAUGAGCGGAGGUCCUUUGUAGUUUUUCCCUGUUUCUCCUUAGUCGUUGUUUCACUGACAUAAAAACUUUAGGUGUGGACUUUGUAUAUGAAAAAAAAGGGUAAAUUAAAAUCUUUUUGCUA